CACAUUCCUCGGGGCACGCGUGACAGCUUGCUGCAGACUAGUUGUGGCUUGCACCGAGCAACAUCUUAAAUGUUAUUCUCGUCGGUAAACCAUUUAUCCCUCAUGAUACACGCAUAUAAUCCUCGUGAUUAUGCCACAACGUGAAAUUGUGGCUUUCUUGGUGCUAGCAUGACACAGCUAGUUGAACUUGAAUCUGUCAACAAAUCCCCUAUGCGGCUGCCUCCCUUGCCCCCCUCUCCCCGCGGUGCUGUCCUUAUUAGAAUGGACGCCAAAAGGGAGGGGACUAAAAUGUACUAAACGUACAUGACUGGGGACAAUGUAGAAGUCUUGAAUGAAAUGCUGGACCGCGGUGAUGUCAUAGUUUUACGUGUGAACGCACGCUAAAGUUGAGAUCGUCGAGGAUGUUUAGGAGGCGAGUAUGCUGAGCUGCGGUUUCUGUCUGAGCUGAGACGGUGUCGCUGGUACUUGCAACCAAAAUGGCCACCCCGGAGGAUGACGUUGAACCUCCCUCUCAGGCCUCUGAAGCCCAAAUCCUUGAGAAAAGACGCUUCUCUCGUGACAUUCGCAUUCUGGGCCAUGACGAGAUUGACAAGCUCUUAUCUACCGCAGAUGGCCGUCCUUUUAGCGUGAUACAUCGUCUUCCAGAAUUAAAGGAAGAGGGUAUACCGUAUUUAAUACCUGGCGUCCCUAUCACAUGUCGAGUGGAUAACACAGAGAGAUACACUACUCGCUCCAAGGUCCAUGUGGGCACCUUGUACACAGUGAUACUAACUCAUGGUCAGUUCCACUGGACAGUAAAGAGAAAGUACAAGCACUUCCAAGAGCUGCACCGAGAUCUUUAUAACCACCGCAUGAUGUAUCAUUUUCUGCCUUUGGGAAAGUUUGCAAAGGACAGGCAACAGAUGAGGGCCAUGUCUGAAGAAAUGCCCAGCCUACGCGGAAAUCAACGGACCAGAAGGACUUCCAGCAAAAUGAAAUACCUUGAAGAGUACCUAAAUGAUCUGCUGGAGAAUAUGUUCUGUAGGAGUGACCGCAGCAUGUUGGAGUUCCUCUCAGUCAGUGCUCUCUCCUUUGUCUCGGAUCUCGGGCCCAAAGGCUUGGAAGGGCCCAUCUUCAAGAGGUCAGGGGGUCACCGCGUGCAAGGUUUGAAUUGCAUCGGCCACCAUCAGAUUUGCUUCCGCUGGUCACGGCGCUGGCUGGUGGUGAAAGAUUCUUUCCUGAUGUACAUGAACCGAGAAAAGGGGCGCAUCAACUUUGUUUUGCUCUUCGACCCCGAGUUCAACGUCAAAGUGGGCCGUGCAUACACAGACACGAAAUAUGGAGUAUGCAUCGAGAACUUCACUCGGAACUUGAUCAUCAAAUGCAGUAGUUAUAGACAAGCACACUGGUGGAGUCAUGAAAUCAACCGGCUAGCUGAAACCUGCCAUUUUCUCAAAGUUCAACGCUUCGGGGGAUUUGCUCCGCCACGGGACAACACGCUAACUAAAUGGUAUGUCAAUGGGAGAGACUAUUUUGCCGACCUUGCUGAUGCCCUGGAGCAAGCAAAAGAGGAAAUUUUUAUCACAGAUUGGUGGCUCAGCCCUGAAGUGUUCCUGAAGAGACCAGCGACUGAUAACGUCUGGCGCUUGGAUGAAGUGCUCAAUCGCAAAGCUGAACAAGGAGUCAGAGUGUGUGUUAUGCUUUACAAAGAAGUAGAGCUCGCACUUGGCAUCAAUAGCGAGCACAGUAAAAGGACUCUUAUGGAUCUGCACCCAAAUAUCAAGGUAAUGAGACAUCCUGACCAUGUGUCAUCUGUGGUGGUUCUUUGGGCUCACCAUGAAAAGAUGGUGGCAAUCGACCAAACUGUAGCCUUUGUCGGUGGAAUCGACCUGGCCUUUGGGAGGUGGGACGACAGCCAGUACCGGCUCACUGACCUUGGCUCGACGGACACCGCUGAAAAGGUGACCGAGACAGAGCCACAAGGAGAGACGGAUGAGAAUGGUUCGGUGAGUCCGAAAGCAUCCGAUAAGCCAACGCGGGAGCUUGUGGACCUGACGGGCAACACCAAACUGUGGCUCGGAAAAGACUACAGCAACUUCAUUAAGAAAGACUGGGUCCAGCUGGACAGACCUUUUGAAGAUAACAUCGAUCGGACAAAAGUUCCCCGCAUGCCGUGGCGCGAUCUGUCCGCGGCUCUUCACGGCAAAGCAGCCAGGGAUGUGGCCCGUCAUUUCAUCCAGCGUUGGAACUUCACUAAGAUCUUCAAAAUCAAGUACAAGGAUGACUUUUACCCCUACCUUCUCCCCAAAUCUCAUUGCUCUGCUGACAAUCUGUCUUUCACCGUGCCUGGCUCCAAGAAGGCCAAAGUGCAAGUGUUGCGUUCUGCACAUCGUUGGUCUACUGGUACUUGUGAGAACUCAAUCCUCAACGCUUACAUCCACACCAUUGAGAGCAGCCAGCACUAUAUUUACAUUGAGAACCAGUUCUUCAUCAGCUGCGCCGAUGGCAAGACGGUCUACAAUGGAAUCGGCGAUGCCAUUGUGAACCGGAUUCUUCGCGCUUACAGAGAGCAGAAGAAAUAUCGAGUAUUUGUGGUGAUCCCACUUUUACCCGGAUUUGAGGGCGACAUCACUACUGGAGGUGGAAAUGCGAUCCAAGCCAUUCUUCACUUCACUUACAGGACGAUAUGCCGGGGGGAACAGUCCAUCUUGUCAAGACUGAGUGAAAUGGAGGACAAGUGGACAGAGUACAUCACCGUCUGCGGCUUGAGAACAAAGGCGGAGCUCUCCCAGUCGCUCGUCACCGAGCUCAUCUACGUUCACAGCAAGACCCUCAUUGCAGAUGACCGCUGCUAUAUCAUUGGCUCAGCAAACAUCAACGAUCGCAGCAUGCUGGGGAGCCGAGACAGCGAGCUGGCAGUGUUUGUGGAAGAUGAAGAGAGGAUCCCAUCCGUCAUGGGAGGGGAGGAGUACGAAGCAGGACCCCUUACACUCGCGCUACGCAAAGAGUGCUUCAGUGUACUCGUUGGAGCCGCUUCGGACCCCAACAUCAAUAUUGAUGAUCCAAUCAGCGAUGACUUGUUCUUCAUGGUGUGGAAUUCUGCUGCCAAACUGAAUGCUACUAUUUACAACAAGGUCUUCUGCUGCCUACCAUGUGAUUCUGUCCACAACAUGCAAGAACUGAAGGAGUACACCAGCAAGGAGCGUCUGAGUGACACAGACCCCGAAAAGGCCAAGGAGGAGCUUAAAGCGGUCCAAGGACUGCUGGUCCACUUCCCUUUGAAGUUCUUGCGCGAGGAGAAUCUGCUGCCUCCGCUGAGUACCCGAGAGGGCAUGGCCCCCGUCGGGCUGUGGACGUAGCUGCGGCGCAGCCUGUUCAGACCACCAGGUAACAGUUAUAGCUAACGUUCUGUACGUCAGACUCACAGUGAAUUUUGGCAGUUCAGUGAUGAGGAUAACUUUAACUUUUUGACCUUGUUCAUAUUGACCACUGAAAUGUACUGUAGAUUUUAUGACUGACACAACGUGAGAUUAUAUGAUAUCAACUAGCCAGUUUCUUUCGCAUCUGCUUUUAGCUCCCAUGAUUUGGGUACACAGUGUACUGUACAUUUAUUGGAGCACGAUUUUCAGAUGGGUGGGUCUUCCCUGCUUCUUUCUCUAUCUCUCCCACCCUCUCACUCUCUCUCUCUUCCCCCUCCCCUCCGAGGCUUCACCUCUCACUGCAGUGCCAGCAAAUCUGUCAUAAAAUGUGUGGUUGUUAUGGUGAUGGACACAAAGAAACGGCAGGCUAUUAUCUGAGAAAGCGACUGGAUGAUACAAAUGGGAAUCUGAUUUUUCCAUUAAUGCAAGUGCAAUUUCUUUUAUUUUAUUUUUAAAGAUGCUUGCUGAUGUACUCUUACUUGUUUUAAUGGCCAAGUCCCCAUUUUCUUUCAAUAUUAUGUUCCGUAUUGCCCCACUAGUCUAAACAUGGCAUUCUGAUUAAUAUUGUGUUCAUGGAAUAUGAGGUAAGCAGCAAAAUUCCAUCUCAGGGUGGCGGCCAUUUUGCCACUUGCUGUCGACUGAAUGUGACAUCAUCAACUGUGAUGUCAUUUUCAGUCGACAGCAAGUUGGCUGCCCCUGGGAAUGGCUAAAAGAGGAUCAAUUCAUCUUGGACAUUCCACAAUCUAUUUGACUUUGAGUAAUUAUUGAACCACUUUAUUCCUCUUUGGAUCCCACAAUUCUGUGUCCAACUGCCUUGCGCAUUACCAGUGUGCUCAUUUAAUGUACGAAGACAUAUUUGCAUAACGUUGAUCACCGUACAGAGUAGUAGUAUGUCACAAUUAGCAUUACAUUGCUCUAAAUAGGCUUUGUAAUUAAAUUCAUGUAGUGAAGCAUGUGGCAACAGAAGUGCGAUAUUUAAAAACGUAGUCGUUGAUGCCAUGUUGUUAGGAAAAUAUUAUUGACCAAUCUAGAAAAGUCUCACAGCAUAAGUCCAAGAGAAAUUCCAGUUGCUGAUUAAGAAACACUAAUACCUCCACACACACACACACACACACACACACACACACACACACACACACACACACACACACACACACACACACACACACACACACUCUCAAUGAUGCUUCUUCGUGUUUGUAGACAAACUGUGAUUGUAGUGGUGGAAAUAACAACUCCUUUUUAAAAUGCUUUCCACAUUGUGUAAUUUUCACCCAGAUGUGUCUGCAUUUGAGCCUUGUGUUUGGCUCCAUCUCACUGUUACUGAAAGCAGAUUAAGUAGUAGCCCCGGUUUCCUUAUUUACAGUAACUGUAUAGUAAGUGUCUGCAAAAUGCCCGCUAUGUAUAUUUUUAUGAUACUAAAUCUCAAUUGAUGUCCACAAACCUCAAAGAAUGCCAGCAAUAUUGGAUGGACCUGCAUUAUGAAGUGCCUGAAUCAUUACCACCAUAAACACAAGACAACACCCACGAGUGUCGUUCUUUGUGAAGCACCUCAAUAGUGCCAGUCUUAUGGGUACAAUGUUUGUUUAUGUCUUCCUCAUAUGUGGCUGUGAUAUACUGACAAGUGACCUUAUUAAAAAUAUUUUCCAUG